AUGAGACAGCGCCGUUGGCUAGAGCUCGUCAAGGAUUACGAUUGCUCUAUUCAGUAUCAUCCGGGGAAGGCGAACGUCGUUGCUGACGCCCUAAGCCGGAAGGUGAGGGGUGACUUGACGUACGUCAUUACUCAGCAGAGUCCGUUGAUUCGGGAGUUUGCCCGGAUGCAGCUUCAGGCGAUCGAUGCACUUCCCAUCGCCAUUUCGGGGAGCACCAGUGCCAGUGUCAAUGCCAUGCAGCUACAGCUGACACUGAGAGAGAGAAUCCGGCGAGAGCAGGCUUCUGACGAGUUCAUUCGUGUCAUGGAGGCCAAGGUUCGCGCCGGAGGCAUCGAGGGUUUUCAACUAGGUGCCGAUGGUGCCCUAGAGUUUAGAGGCAGGAUCGUGGUCCCGAAAGUCAAGGCGUUGUGGAAGGAGAUUUUAUCAGAGGCUCAUACCGCACCCUAUCUAGCCCAUCCCGGGAGCACGAAGAUGUAUCACGACCUGAAAGGGUCGUUCUGGUGGCGAGGCAUGAAGAAGGACGUCGCCGAGUUUGUUAGGAGGUGUCUUACCUGUCAGCAAGUCAAAGCCGAACAUCAGAGUCCGAUCGGCCUCCUGCAGCCACUGCCGAUUCCGAGGUGGAAAUGGGAGAAAGGUACGAUGGAUUUCGUUACGGGAUUACCGAGGUCGUCUGAACAUCACGACGCUAUUUGGGUCGUGGUCGACAGACUGACUAAGGUCGCUCAUUUCUUACCCGUUUCGAUGAAGAUGUCUUUGGAUAAGUUGGCUGAGAUAUAUACCCGUGGGAUCAUUCGACUCCACGGAGUGCCCGUUACUAUCGUAUCAGACAGAGAUCCCAGAUUCAUCAGCAGAUUCUGGCACAACUUACAUGAGGCGAUGGGCACGAAGUUAGAGUUCAGUUCAGCCUAUCAUCCGGAGACAGAUGGUCAGUCAGAGCGGACUAUUCAGACGCUUGAGGAUAUGCUUCGCGUCUUGGUCGUUGACAAGGAUGGCUCCUUACGAGGCACUUUAUGGUCGCAAGUGUCGUUCCCCUCUUUAUUGGGACGACAUCGGAGAGCGACGAGUACUCGGUCCCAAGUUGAUCGAGGAGACAGCAGAUCAGGUCAAGUUGAUCCGGCAGUGACUCAAGACAGCUCAGAGUCGACAGAAAUCUUCAGCCGAUCAUCAUCGGCGAGAUAUUCAGUUCCAGGUUGGCGAGCCAGCUUUUCUCAGAGUUCGUCCGAUUCGUGGAUUCGUUCGAUUCGGAAAGAGAGGGAAGCUGCACCCUCGAUUCAUCGGUCCGUUCGAGGUUCUCGAGCGAGUAGGCGAGAUAUUCAGGUCCAGCCAGAUCUUUCGUACGAGGACCGACCGGUAGCUGUACUAGACCGUCAGGUCCGUCGGCUCCGGAAGCGAGAUUUUCCCCUCGUGCGUAUUCAAUGGGAUCGCCACGGAGCUACUUGGGAGGCGGAGGCCGAUAUUCGCGCUCGUUUUCCAGAUUUUCAGUUUUGA